UGUGUGUCUCCUUGCCUCAAAGCAACAGUCGUCUGUGUGGCCAAAGUUUGGGAUUAUCAAAAAAAAAAAAACUGUACUUUCACCCCGCCUCAUGCAAUUUAGAUAACGUGUGUGACAAAGUUUUGGUAUCUCCUUUUUAGUCAGGCUCAAAUUAAUGACAUGGAUAGUAGAGUAUCACUCUGCAUGCACAAUGUUCUGCAUCUGCAUUCAUGUUUGAUUUGAGCCUAAAACUCGACGUUCUGAGUCUGCAGAGACUUUUUUCCUAUUGAGCACAACAAGCCAAUCACAGCAGUAACCAUGUCAGAACCACCUCCAUCUCUCAGAAACUCCCCUGAAACAGGAAGGGGAGGAGCGGAUUCUCACUUGACAGACAUGACAUGAUAUUUUAAAUUUAGUCUGAUGUUCAGACAGUCAGCAGCGAGACACCAUGGAGGCCACAGCUCUCCACAUCAGACUGUCGUGCAGCUCUCUCGCCUCUCCAGUGAUGACUGUUCUGUUGCUACUGGCUGCAGAAGUUGACUUCAGUUAUUCUCAAAAAGCUGAUGCAGGUUUUCCUCAGGUCGUUCCCAACAGUCAGCAGCACUUUCAAUAUGAGCCUUUUGUUGUGAGCUGUGAGGGACUGGAGGGGUUGACUGGAUGGAUAGUGAUGAAGAAGGUGAAGGAAACUGUUCAAACAUGUGCUACUAGCUGGUCGACAUCACAGGGACCCUGUACAAUUGAAAAUGCCUUUCUAUCUGACACUGGAGAAUACUGGUGUGAAAUGGGAGGAGGGAAGAAAAGCAAGACUGUCAACAUCACUGUCACUGCUGGUUCUGUGAUCCUGGAGAGUCCCGUGCAUCCUGUGAUGGAAGGAGACGCUGUGACUCUGCGCUGCAGGAUGAAGCCGGCGUCCCCUAACCUCACCGCUGAUUUCUUUAAAGACAGACAUCUGAUGGAGAGCGGCUCUGCAGGAAACCUCACCUUCACCAGCGUCUCCGGGUCUAAUGAAGGACUCUACAAGUGCAGAAUCUCUGGCGCUGAAUCACCGGAGAGCUGGCUGCAUGUCAGAGCUCCAGAUCAUGAAGAUCCACAGGCCCUUCAGCUCUCUCUGCCACUCUGGAUUGGUCUGGGUGUUUUUCUUUUCUUGGUGACUCUGCUGCUGCUGAUCGGAUUACUGCGAUGUAGGAAACAGCAAACAUCAACAAACGUCAGAGACGAAUCAACAACCUCAGCCUACUUCCAGACUUCCCCCUUUCCACAAACAGUGUCAAGACAGGCCACUGUAGUUGUUCCGAUUGAUGCAACAUAUGCUAUGGUCACCAAAACCAUGAUGGAGCAAGGUUACUGAGAGCAGCGACAGCUGACUGGCCAAAGGAGAAAUGAAAGCUCAGUAACGUGCAUGAAAGAAGUCAUACAUAGGACACAUAUACAGGAGCCUUUAAUGAGCACGCAUGUUUUGUAAUAGUUUUCGAUAGUGUUACAUUCUUCGUCCCCUCUGCUGCAGAAUGACAGCUUUGUCACUGACCACUGCUUCUUCAAUAUAUAUAUUUAUAAAUGCUGACUUAAAAUAACUAGACAUGAUUCUUCUUCAUUAUCAUCAGGUGAGAGCGAGACUUUAAUCUAACUCAGUGUCACCGUCUAUUUCAAGAGGUAUCAGUUCAUUAGAGUUAAACCGCAUCAUUUCCUCUUCUCACAUCGGAUUACAAGAACAGCGUCACUGCUGCCUUUAAAAAUAAUCACUGUGCUCACAAACUGUGACAAAUACUCAUACUAAUAUAUGUAAUACUGAUUGUUAGGAACGAUCAAAAUUACCUUUUCCAUGAGCAAGAAGAGGGGUAUCAAAUACUGUUGUUGUUGAAUAUUGUGUAGUAUAUCUGUUUAUUGUAAUAUAGAAUAAUAAUAGGCUACAUCAAAAGAUGUUCUACAUCAGAUUGGUACAUUGCAAAAAGAAAAAUCAAACAACAAAAAUUGUCAUA